GAGCGAUUUAGGUCACACGAACACAGAUGGCUAACUAAUAAACUGUUUAAAUAUCAAACUUCAAGAUGUUCUCACAAAUAUGGACUCCUUAUAGAAUAGUAUUUAACUUAAGGUCUUUUGCAACAUAAUUUAUCGAUUCUAAACUUUAAUUUAUUUUCAUUGCCCAAAUAGCUUGGCCAGAAAUAAAUUUCGUCACUAUAUCACCAAAUGGUAAAUAAGAAUUCAGGCCAAACGUCAAGCCAAAUGAGAGCAUUAAUCGACAUAAUGUUUGCCACACAUCCAUGUGAAAUACCACUUGCUAGUCAUUUAGGCACCAUUCCGGCUACGCCGGAGAACAUAACCGUUACGUUUCUGACGCCCACGGCGGUCCGAGUGUCGUGGCAGACGCAAAUCGAUCUGAAGGCACAUCCCAUCGAGAAGUACAUCGUGACGUACAAGCCGACAGAUGACAGUUACAGGGUUGUACAGGACGUCGCCGGCAGCAGCGAGGCCAUUGUCCUGGAUCGCCUGCUGCCCAGCACACAGUACUCGCUCGUUGUGACGGCCAUCUGGCAGGGCAAGAAGUACCGCAGCCGCGGUCAGAUCAAAUUCAAGACGCUGGAUCUGCCCAAAAACACAUCACAGCAGGACUUUCCGCCGGGUAUCUACGGCAAUGGGAGCAAUGGCGCUCGCAACGGAAGCACAAAUGCCAGCAUCUUCGGUGACGAUGUGACCUCCACGGCCACAAACACCCUGACGCAUGGCACGACCAGGGAACUGCCCACUAUUCGCGGCGUGGAGAUCGGGAUUGUCCUGAUCGUGCUGAUGGUUUGGGCGGGAGCCAUCGCACUGUUCUUUAACCGGUGGGGCAAGAUCCGGAUGCUGCUGCCCUACCAGCCGGACUACAAGCACGAGCAGCUGAAGGUGCCGGGCACGGGCGUCUGCAGUGCCAGCGGCUGCAAUGGCCAGCACUCGCACCAGCACAUCCACAUGCUGGCCGAGGAGCACUCCACCUCCAUUUCGGAGCGCUGUACGCGCAGCAGGAUCAACUCGGCCAUCUUUGUGUCCUCGGAGGGGCGCGGCUUCGACUCCAUCGAGUUCCUGCGCCGCCACGGCUCGCAGAGCGUCCUCUGCCGGAAGGCCAAGAGUGCCGAGAACAUCACGGACAACGGACGAAGGAAGAGCCUGCGACCCUGGCGCACCGACGACGACUCCUGUAAGCAGCAGCACCUCUCGCAGGACAGCAACGACAUCGAGCUGAAGGAGUGCGGCGGCGCUGGAGGAGAACUGCUCCGGCUGCCGGUCAUUCACGAUGGCAGGCAGUCGCCGACGGCCGUGACCAGUCUGCUGGCCCGUUCGGCGGCCAUAACCACGGCCAAUAUGAUUGUGGGCAGCAUUUCGCUGGAGGCACCACCACCAUACAUGCAGGACGACGAGGGCGAUACGUUGUCCACGGCGGCACUCAUCCACAGCGAUGCGGCGGCCGUGGUCCACGAAUCCCAGGACUCGGCGGAGACGGUGGAGGAGCUGGUCCAUGUGCCGCUCCUGGCCAGCGCCACGGCCACGGCCAGCGUGUCGGCCUCCUCCUCGCCGAGCAUCGCCAUCGAGGCCAAGCCGCGCGUCCUGGUGCACCAGCGAUCCUCGACCGCCUCCUCGUCGCCGCACAGCAGCCCCAAGAACCUGGGCGGCCUGGGACUCAAGAUCGUCAAGCCCAAGAUCAGUGCCGUGCCAAUGGUUUCCGUUUCGGGUCCCUCGCCGCCCAUCGAGAAGCCACCGCUGGCCGAGUGCUUGUAACAAAUGGCAGCCGAAACAUUUAUCUAAGCUCGCGCUCAAGGCAACUGGACCCUGGAUCCUGAAAGGCCCCUUAAAAAUCCAAA